UCAUGAUUCUGAUUGCUGUCAAAAUUCCAAAUGUGUGGUCCCAUUCUGAACCAGACUUCAGUUUUGCUCCAUUGCUUGAACUGAAAGCAGGUGUUUUAGCAGCUAACCUUGUGAAAUCCAGUCUUCACAUUUGAUCCAGUCAAGAAAACAAAAAUGUGGCAACGUCGUGCACUGAAAGAGGACCAGUUGAGGUCGGAGGUCAGAUUCAGUCUGCCUGCCCUGUCCACUAACCGAAGCCUGCUGUGCAGCAGCUCACAGCUUCACAGCAACAAAGUGCUGAAGCUUGGCGAGGAAAUAGUCUGUUCCCUGGGUGAAGAUAUUUCACAGAUCCCCUCUGCCACUCGUAGCACAAUGAGGCAUCUCAGCUAUCGGCAUACAGAAGUCAGCCAGUGGCAGGCCCAGAUAUCUGAGAGCAUCGGGCGAGUGGAUCGUGAAAUCACUGCUGUGGAGCAGGUGAAAAACACUGCUGAGUGCUGUCUCCAGGAGAGGCAGCUGUACAGUCAGCUCAUGAGAGACUGUGUAGCCAUCAGUAUCAGUUUGAGCUGCUCGGCAGUCCCCAGACAGGACCGCGUCCUCACUGAGCUGAAGAAGGAAGAGCAGCUGACCAAUGAGAUCAGAGGGAUGCUUCAGAAGCAGAUCUGUGCCCUGCUCGACAAACUAAGCUCUCUGAAGGAGAUCCGCGCUCAGCUGCUGGCAGAUUUUCAGGACAAGAAGGAAGCCAUCAAGCUCACCACCAAAUGCAUCAACAUUGAUGUUAGCACACCAUGCUCUCAGCUCCCUGGUGCUCAAUACAAGCCCAACUAUGUGAGCUAUGAUAAGUGGCUGUCCCACUGCAGGGACCUGAGGCUGACGGCUGAUAACCUGAUCAAGGAAUCCUCUUACUUCAGGGGAAACCUGCGUUUUACUCUGGCCAACCUGAAAAAUGCCGUGGAGCGCCAGCGCCACAGCACAGAUGAGGCCAUGAGAAAGAACAUCAAUGACUUGGGCCGGGUCCAGGAUACUCUGAUGUGGGAGAGGCAGCAGAUAAGGGAUGAGAUUUCUGACCUGACAAAGGACAUACAGAAAGUGGUGGGUCAGAUCAGGAACUGUGAUUCCAAGCUGCAUCAGGCCACACACCGCCUGGACAUCCUUAACCAGAGACCCAGACGUGAGCUCUGCCUGGACGAGCCCCAUUUCAGUCUCACACUAGAGAAACAAGACCUGGAAAAGAUGGCAGCUGGACUUCAACCUAUACUAAAGCGCUCUCAGCAGGACCUGGAGAUCACACGCAGGCGCCUGAUGAUUCUGGAGGACAAACUGGCCAGUAAUGCCCGUACCCUGAAGGUGGAGCAGAAGUGCCAGGACCUGCACAAGAGUUUCCUCCCUGCACUUGACACCACUGUUGUCCUCGCCAACAAGCCCAGGCUCAGCAGGAGUCACUGCAGCGCUCUCUCCUACUUACAGUAAAGCCUGGUAGAGUGCAUUAGCGCUCUGCUGCACCCAUGUGGUCUUUUCCAUGUGGUGUUGCAAAAUUUAAUAAAUAAAAAAAACUCCCUUAAGCAUAA